AUGGCCUGCGAGAACUGUGCCUGUGGCUCUCAAUCCACUGGUACUGCCGUGCCUCUCAAGCGCGGCCCGAAAGCCGCCACCGCUUCGGGGGACGUUUGGUCUCUCCAGGCCCCCUCCGGCUCGGCCAGCGCGCGGUCGGCCUCCCCGAGUCGCCCCGCUGAGCGCGAGGAGCAGCUCCAGGAGAUCUUGGGCGACGUUCAGCCCCUCGCGAAGAAGUGCGGCGCGGACGAGAGGGAGGGGCAUCAGUGUUGUAAGGAUUUGAAGGGGGAGGAUGAGCGUAGAUUGAUCAGUCCGGAGAUUGUGCGGGAUGUGAUCAUCGGCCUGUCGGACGGGUUGACGGUGCCCUUUGCGCUUACGGCUGGGCUGUCGAGCCUUGGGUCCAGCAAGCUGGUCGUCACUGGUGGAUUGGCUGAGCUUUGCGCUGGAGCCAUCAGUAUGGGUCUUGGCGGAUAUCUCGCCUCCCAAGCUGAGCUCGACCACUUCCACUACCUCCGCCGUCAAACCCAAGCCCGAGUCCUCCGUUCCUGCUCUGGCGAAAUGGAGCGGGAAGUCCACUCCAUCCUCGGUCCCUUGGGCGUCAAAGAGACCCUCUCGCGUCUCGUCGCAGAGGACCUCCGGGGCGUGGAGGAUCAGCUCUACAUUGGCGGUGCGGCCGAUUAUGGAUCUGCGACGGAGGGGGUCAUGCGUGCGAGGGAAGGAAGCGGGAGCUCGAGCGGCAAGAAGGAGAAGAGAGGGUGGUUUGGGUGGAAGAAGGUCACUGGGGCAGAAGAGAGGGAGAGUUUGUUGGAGCAGGCAGGGGAGGGGGAGAAGGGGGAUGAAGAUAUGGGUUUGACGGCGUUCCUUCUCAAGUUUGGGGAGGGGAUGGAGGAAGUCCCGCCGUCCAGACUGUACAUAUCCGCCCUGACUAUCGGUCUCUCCUACUUCCUCGGCGGCCUCAUCCCGCUCAUUCCCUACAUGGCGAAUGUGACCGCUCAGACCGGCCUCAUCAUCUCGAGCUGCGUCACCGGCGUCGUGCUCUUCAUCUUUGGCGCCUUCAAGACGUACUUCACCGGCGCACAAGGCGGCUUUGGCGGGUACCUAUACGGAGCGACUUCGACGAUGUUUGUGGGUGGUCUGGCGGCAGCAGCGGCGUUUCUGCUUGUCAAAUUGUUGGAUGUGCGAGAGUGA